AAAAGGGGAGAUAAUGUUAUAGAGUAGCUCGGUGGGCAGUGAAUGUUGUGUCACUGACGUUAUUAGAAAAAGUAUCAAUGCGAUGAAAUUGUGGCUUUUUUUUUUUUUUUUAAAAAAAAAAGCUUAUUCCAAUAUAUUCUUAUUAGAGUUGAGUUCUCAAAUUUAGGGCUUAAAAACUACAGGGGGAAACCAUUGUACAAAAUAUGUAGGUCAAUUUGUUCUUGUGUGGAUUUUACGUUAGUGUUUGCGCUCUACACUUCAUAUGAUUGUUGUAAAUUUGUAAAUCUACAUUUGAACUAUAUUCUGUAUUAAUUUAUUUUUUAAAAGUCUGCAUAUCAAGAGUUCGGGAUUUAUAAAAACAAAAUAUACAAGGAACCUUUCAUAGGCUAACAGGUAUUGCUAAGUUUUUGAAACAGCUUUCCUGGCCAAAAGGAAACGGUGAUUGUAAACCUAGUGACAGAUUACAUUUUUAAGGUCAAAACUGAAUAUUACAAACUGAUGGUUAUAUAGUGAUCAUGAGAUUUUACUGUCAUCAAGACACCAGUCACAGGCCACGUGAUGGUUGAUCUUAAGGUAUAGGGAAAAGGGGACAAGAUGGCAGAGCCUGAAGAGAACGGUUGGGAACAAGUUCACUUUUGUGCUUCCAGGGGAUUUCUCAAGUCUUUGGAAAGAUGUCUGGAGAGCGAUCCAAAUCUUCUGGAGCUGGAGACAGCGGACGGUCUCCGACAGACUCCAUUUCUCUUAGCAGUGGGAAGCGGGGACCAGGACAUCGUGGACUUUCUGGUCAAAAGAAACGCCAAGGUUAACGUUGUCAAUUCACAAAAUAAUGGUGCUGUGGAAAUUUGCGCUAUCAAAGGCUAUGUCUCACUUCUGAAGUACUUGGCAACCUUGAACUUGCCAGACUUGCCAGUCUAUGAUCGGCUGUUGAAAAUGUUAGUUUCAGACACAGAAGAAGAAGUGGAGGCUGCUGGGAAAUGUCUUGCGACAAUGACAGAAAAACUGGAAGAUGUUUCUGGAGGAAGUGUAAUCAAUCCAGAAUGGCAAUACCUCUACGAUAAUGGUGGUGUUCCUGCAAUAGUGAAAGUAGCCAAAAACACCAUUCAAGAUGAGUUCAAAAUUCCUGCUAUCCAAACACUGCUCAACAUUAUAGAAAAACAAGAAGUCCAGGAUCAGUUUGUAUCGUCUGGAGGAAUGCCUGUUUUUAUUCAUCUUCUGAAGUCACAGAUUUUAGAAGUUGUUGAGUUGUCAUGCCAAGUGAUUCGUGACUUGGCUGUCAAUAAACAUUUUGCUGAGUUGCUGGUGCAGAAUCAGGCAGUGACUAACAUACUCAGAAUUUUACAAAGCUUUGAGGAACCAGAAGUUCUUGUUUUUGCAGUGCAAGCCAUUAGAAACAUUGCACAGUCCUCAACUAAGCUUUGUAGUACCCUGGGUAGCACCCAGGGUUUGAUCACUGCUCUUGUUCAUUUGUUUGAUUGCAAUGACUCACAUUUGUUGUUGGCCUUAACUCAAGCAGUGUCUUGCUUGGCUGAGGGAGAUAAUUCUAACCAAACUGCAUUUGUAACAGAAGGUGUGUCCAAGCACAUAAAAAACAUUUUAAUCACUCAUGGCAGAUACAGAGAAAUUCAGCACAGCCUUAUUGAAGCUAUUCACAAAUUAUCAAAUGGUAAUCAACAAGCACAAUUGGAUUUAAAGAGCCAUGGAAUUGUUAAACUUCUAAUUCAGCUGUUGAAAAAGAAAAGAGUUGAAGCUCUCCUGGAGAAAACUGCCAUGGCACUCUGGUCUCUAGCAGGCGAGCGUAAUGAUGAAAAGAGAGAAAUGGCAAACUACAUUGAUGUUCCUAUGCUAAUAGAAUUUUUAAAUUCAAACACAGCAAACAUUAAUUUCAUUGGCUCAGAAGGACUGGGAGUUUUGGCUCAAGGGCCUAUUAACAAGCAGUCAGAAAUAGGAAAAGCUAAUGGAAUACCUUCAGUUGUUCGACUUUUGAAAUCACCCCAUGAGUUUAUUGUGCUUAGCUCUGUAAGAACUGUAAGAAACUUGUGUGUCAGUGUGGCCAAUGUUCCUCAUCACAAUAACCAGAACUCUGUACUGCAGUCUCAAGGCAUCAGAUUUCUAUUAGCUCUGUUGGUUCACUCUGCUAAUGAAGUUAUUCAAGUUGAGGCUGCUUACACACUGGGCUGUGUCUCAAUGGGCAACAAACAAAUUUUAAAAGAAAUAUCCAAACACAGUGAUUUUAGCUUUGUCAGAAUUCUGCGUCUACUGUACUCCAAUCAACCUAUUGUUAGGCUCCUGGCAGGCUCAGCUCUGUCUUCAUUUGCUUACAACAAUUUUACCCAACAAAAGGAAAUAGCUCAGCAGGGUGGCGUGCGCUUCAGUUGUUUUAUUCCAUUUCUCCAGUCUGAUGAUGAAUUUUAUCGGUGUCAUGCUGCUUAUCAGACUGUUGUUCUCGCUCGUAUUAUUCCUGAUGAGGAGCAAGCAAAGUCAUCAGCUGUUGGUAUAAAGUUAUUGGUUGACCUACUUCAGGAUUCAGAAGUACCAGCAAUUCAGUCUUUAACAGCAGAUUUUGUUGCUAGCCUUUGUCACAGUCGAGCAGGUAUACCUGCUGCCAUAAUAGCCAUUAAUGGUGUGGACUAUUUGUGUAAUCUCCUACACUCAAAUACACAAGAGGUCAAAGGCACUGCAGCCAUAGCUCUGGGUUACCUUUCACAUGACCCAGUGGGACAAAGAAAAAUUCUUCACAGAUGUCGCAAUGAUCCUUACUUGAUGAGAAAAAUACUAUUCUACAACAGGGAGUUUCAUCUAGCCUCAACUUUUAAGGAAGGUUGGCAACAUUAUAGAAAAAUUGGUUUACCACCUAUACAAAGUGAUCGAACUAAUCUAGUUCAGGCUAAAUUAGAAGAUACUGGAUCAUUUGUCCCAGCCUCCAGUUCAAAUCUACAUGAUGAAGGUCCAAUGUCAAGGCUAUCUACCACUUUCAAUCGCAGAGACUCCCUCUACAACAGUCAUCUUUCUAUAGUCAGUCAAAGGUCACCAACACCACUUGCAUCUCUUGUCCAGAUUGAAGAGGUGAAAUAAUCUAAAGAAAAAUAGCAGUACAGGAAAUGAAUUAGAUAUUAUUUUGAACCCUUUUCUCUCCUAACCAUUGUUUAAAAACCUUUGAGUUACAUGUUAGUUGUUAAAGCUUGAAAUCUGUUGACCAUGAAAUCAAACAUUUAUAUUAAAAAAAUUAGCACUUGAUGUUUCAUAGAAGAGCUUUGAAUUCUAAAAAGUUAUCCAUUUAAGAUUAAAUUCAGAGCAUAUGUCUCUCUUAGAUCUAAAGUGUUUUUAAGUUUAUUUGUUUUUGUGAUAAGAAAAACUUGUCUGAAAAUCAAAUAUUUUUAGAGCUAAUUAUUUUAAGAAGCACAUUUUCUUUUUUGUUUAUUUACUGUGCAGUGCUUGAAUAUUCAAACACCUGUAAAUAGUGUUAAAUGGUAACUCUUCACAUGUGAACUUUGUCAGACUCUUUGACUUAUUGUGAGUUAUUGCAGACAAUGAAAGUGAGUUGGUUUGAUGUUUAAAAUCUUUGUUUGUUAAUGAUUCAUUUAUGACAGAAUGUUUGACUUGUGAUGGUUGAUUUAUGGUAUACUGUUUUAUGAUGACAAACACCUAACCUGUGAAUGUGCAUAUUUAUCUACAAUUGGCCUCUUCAGUCACAUGAGUAACUACAUAGGUAAAAGAUGGUCUCUCAAGACGUACAAUUACACAUUAGUUGUUUAAUAGUUGAUUAUUUAAUUAUGAUAGUUUUUUGCAUUAAAUUGUUUACUAAUUCGCACUAUAGACAUUUGGAAAUAGAAAUUAAAUAUUGCAAGUUUAAUGCCCUCAUCUUCAUACCACAUGUUGUACAGUUGUCAGAGGCUAUGUGAGGCAUGUCAAUGGAGUACUUAUAACUACAAUCGAAUGUUCUGCUAUGUGGGUUUCAAAAUGACCUAUCCCUAGAAGAAAAAAUAAAAAGCACAUAGGAAAGGCUGAUUCAACUUUUUCUUAAAUGUGCAUCUGGGAAUACUGAAAUUCUCCACAAAAACAAAAUGGAGAUCUACAAGUAUGUGUCUUGAAUAAUCUACAAUAUAGCAGAAAGACAUGGACUACAUAUAUGGAGAGCAUAAAUUAAACUUAUUCCACUUGCCUUGUCUUCACUGUGUCUUGAAAGUUACAUGGCAAGACAGUAAAUAACACUGAGGUACUUGCUAGAUUUGGUCUCUCUAUGAUAUUUACCACCCUAAGACAACAUCACCUGCAAUGGUUUGGUCAGUGUGAAGGGCAAAUGAAGUCAUUUUCUAUAGGCAACUCAUGAUAGGUACAAUGAAAACUAGUCACUCCCAUCCACAUUAUAUAUAUAUGUGUUAUCUAAAUGUGGUGGACAAAAUAUUAAAAUAUUUUGGAAGACCACGCUGUGAAGAGUAGUGGGUAAUAAGUUGAGUAAUAAGAUGUUGCUAUUGGUAUUUUCUUUAAUCAAUAUAUUUGAAUUUAACAUUAAUAAUAUUUUUAUAGAAAGUCAUAGCAAUCAUUGUUGACAGCUGUAUUCAUUUUAUAUUAAAAUAUUUUCCAUUUCAGUAUUAUUGUUUUUUUUAAAGUUGACUUUUUAAGUGAGUGACAUUGUAUAUACAUUACUAAUGACAUUGAGUUAAAACAUUUAUUGUGUUUUGUUAUUUACUUGGACUAAAAUAAUAUGGCACAUAUAUUGUGCACCUAUAUAAUUAUAGUUUAUGCUUUACUUUUAAGAAAAAUAAAAGACAUGCUUUGUAAAAUGAGCCUUUUUUUUUUCUUUCAAAAAGUGUUUUUGUAUAGCAUAAAAGAGUUAUUUUUAUAUUAUCAAUUUUAUGUUUCAUACUUUUAAACAAGACAUAAUAAAAGAAAAAUUGCACACAAAA